AAAUAAAGCUAUAGAAAACAACAAUGGCCUUUAAUGAAGGUGAAGUUUGUAGAAUUUGUUUAAGCGUUAAUGUACGCAUGUUUGCACUAAAGGAGACUGGCCUCCAAAAUUUGUAUAAGACAUUGACGAACAGUUUUAUGGAUGAGAAUGAGGGGCCAAUAAUUGUCUGUUUCACCUGUCAUGCAAGACUCAUUCGUUGCAGAAGAUUACAACAACAGGCUAUUGAGUCAAAUGUGGUUCUGGAGCAGUUGCUUGCAGGAGGAUCCAUGUCAAUACCAAAACUGCAUAAGGUUAGAGGAGAGAUUAAAUUCACACCAAUUUAUCAUAUGGAUAUCUGGCCUGUAGAGUGUGAUAUAGAAAAUGAUUGCAAGGACGAAAUUUUUUGCCUUGAUGCCGUUAAAGUUGAGGAGGAGAUUUUCGAAUAUGAGAAUUCCGAAUUGGAAAAAAAUGAGAAUCAUGAAACAGAACCAUACAUCACACCGACAAAUCAUUUUUCAAAACUGUCUGAGAGCAAGAUUAAAUCAAAUUCUACUGAUUGUAACAUAAACGAUGUUCGUAAAGGAAACCUCGAUUUAGAAAGCACUACUAUUAAAUUAAAGGCUAAAGUGAAAAAAAAUAAUCAACCAGUUAUUAAGAAAGGAAAGCAUCCUGCAAAGAUUAUGAAAAAGAAAAUUUUGAAGCAAAAGAGUGCGAAAAACACAUCAGGGGCACCAACAAAAUUUUCAAGAAAAGACAUUCUCGCCAAACACAUUUCAUACUGUCAUAAGACGCAAAAGAACUCAGUCACCACUGCAGUUCGGACACAAGUUGAACAAACUCCAGUACCACAACUAACGGAAAUAUUUAAUUGUGAUAUUUGCGAAUUUAAAACAUCUCAAAAACGUUACAUUUUGGCACAUCUUAACGCGCACAUUGCUGAACAAAUGUUCUGUUGUAAUAAUUGUGAUUAUAGAAGUAUAAAAAAAGAUAAUUUGCAAAAGCAUAUGAAAAUACAUACUGGAGAAAAACCUUUUUCGUGUCAUAUCUGUAAAUAUCAAUGUAUUCGAAAAAGUAAUUUGCAAUCACAUAUGACAAUACAUACUGGAGAAAAACCUUUUUCGUGUCAUAUCUGUGAAUAUAAAUUUAUUACAAAAGGUAAUUUGCAAACACAUAUGAAAAUACAUACUGGAGAAAAACCUUUUUCGUGUCAUAUCUGUAAAUAUCAAUGUAUUCAAAAAAUUAGUUUGCAAUCACAUAUGAAAAUACAUACUGGAGAAAAACCUUUUUCAUGUAAUGUCUGUGAAUAUAAAUUUAUCACAAAAAGUGGUUUGCAAAGGCAUAUGAAAAUACAUACUGGAGAAAAACCUUUUUCAUGUAAUAUUUGUGAAUAUAAAUGUAUUACAAAAAGUGAUUUGCAAAGGCAUAUGAAAAUACAUACUGGAGAAAAACUUUUUUCAUGUAAUAUCUGUGAAUAUAAAUGUAUUACAAAAGAUAAUUUGCAAACACAUAUGAAAAUACAUACUGGAGAAAAACCUUUUUCGUGUCAUAUCUGUAAAUAUCAAUGUAUUCGAAAAAGUAGUUUGCAAUCACAUAUGAAAAUACAUACUGGAGACAAACCUUUUUCAUGUAAUAUCUGUGAAUAUAAAUGUAUUAUAAAAAGUGCUUUGCAAAGGCAUAUGAAAACACACACGUGAGCAGAACCUUUUUUGUGACAGAUCUGGCUUUUUAGUGUCUUAUUUACUUCGUGAAAAUCGACUGGGCUGAGAAAGAAAGUAUUUUCUGUCGGGCUUAGGACAGGACGUCCAGUUGCUGUUAGAGGGCUACUUUCACCAAUGGCCGCGUAGUAAGUGUUAAAUGCAUUUGCAACUUUAUAUGGCUCCGAGGUAAUGGUAUUGUUUAUUUUUAGUGAUAAGCGUUGUUAUCUCUAGUAUAUCUUUUAUUUGUACGUUCAUUUAUAAUACUCCACAUUGUUUUAACUUUGUUAGAGGAUUUUUUUAAUUUAUGUAUGUAAUGUAAUUUUUUUGAAAUAUUUACUGUUUUUUUUAAGUAUUUUUUUAUAUUUUUUAUAGUAAUUAUGUAAAAUUUGGUUUUUUGUUUUAGAUGUUAGUAUUUUAAGGAGUCGUUUAUUUUUUGAAGAUUCUUUUAUGCCAGUAGUUAGCCAGUAUUUUUUAUUAAUGGUUUUUAGUUUAAGUUUACGUUUUGGUAUAGGUAUUUAAAAUAUCUGUCAAAAUAUUAUGAAAUUAAGUAUAGUUUUCAUUUAUAUUAUUUUCAGGUCGCAAUAUAUUUUGCCAAUGGAUUUCUCGUUUGAAUUGUUCUAUAUUAGCUAAAUUGUAAAACCGUUUCUCAGUAUACCAAGUUAUUUGCUUAGUUUGUGAUUGUGACUCUAUUUCAAUGGUGGUUGCUGCAUGGUUACAAACUCCUCAACUUUUGUCAGUAAUUUAUUUAUAUCAAAAUUCGUAAAUAUCAAAUCUAAGCACGUUGAUGAUGUUUGUGUGAAAUGUGUAGGGUCUUUAAUAUGUUGACAUAAGUUGUAUUCAGACAUAGUAUUUAAUAACUGGGAUGUUUUAGAAUUAUUAUCAAGGACGUUUGUAUUAAAAUCGCCGCCAAGAAUAACUUUAUAUUUUGAGUAUUUUUUAUCAAUGAAUUUUAAUAUUUUUUGCAAUUGCUAUAAUAUAUUAUAUUACCCAUUUACGAAAAAUGCUACAGGUUUGUCACCCCUGAGAGCUAAGAUGUAAUGCCUUACAAUUAUACUGGCUCGUUAAACUAAUUAAAUAAAUAAAUUCAUUAAAACUGAAACACAACGGUGAUACAAUAGUGCCUGGGGACAGAAAUAAAUAUGAGGAUUGUACCAACUCAAGAGGAUAUUGACUCCUAGGCUUAUUUUCUUUGGGUAACUCUAUUCCACACACCUCCAAUAUAUAUUCUAUUGACAUAUCUGCUAUAUCAGUUUUUUUAAUAUAUUCGAGAUGAUUUUGAAGUAAGAUGCACACGCCACCUCCACCUCUUGUUUUUCGGCAGUAUGAUGCUGCUAUUUUAUAUCCAGUAAGGUUAAUAAGCUCCAAUUUGGCCUGAUUUAACCAAGAUUCUGUUAUACAAAAAGCUUGGUAAGUCGAAUUCUGGGUUGUAAAUGUUUCCAAUAGGUCUUGUUUAUUGUAGAGGCUUUGAAAGUUUUGGUAAAGUACUUUAAAUGAUGUCAACUUGCUUCCGAAAUGUCUGAAUAUUGUUAAUUCUUGGUGAUCUCUGUUGGUUCUGCGUUGAUAGUGCUUCUUAUUGGAUUAUUUUUACACUCGUACUGUCAACAGUGCGAUCCAUAUUUUUAUUUUCUAAGUUCCAGUCUACGGGUUUUCUCUCUAUAAUAAGUUGGUUAUUUCUUAUAAUGACAUGUAGUCCAUUUUUUCGUGCAUUCAACAUUUGUUCUAGCAUGGUCUUGUUUUUCCUUCAAUUCUGCAAGUUCUAAAUAUUCAGUGAUAGAUAAUUUAGUGCCGUGUAAGAAGUACUAUUUUUGAGUAUGUAUUUAGCCAUUCUUUUGCUGAGUAGCUCUAUUACUAAAGGCUUAUUUUUGUUAUUGUUUCUUCCUAUCCAGUGAGUGUCUUCUAAAUAUCCAAGUAGGUUUAUAUUACAUGUUUCUCUGAACAUUUGAAUGACUCUACUAUGUAAGUCGUAUUCUGAUUCUCUAAAUCGUUCGCCAAAUCCAUAAAUUACCAACCUUCUGCUAUUAAUUUCUAACUUAGACUGCUUUUCAGGUAAUGUGAUUUUUGUUUCCAGGCUCUGUAUUUCUUUUCGAAGGAUGGUAUUUUCUUUUUUCAAAUUAUCUAUUUGAGUGUUGAUAAGUUGAAUGUCAUUGUUUAAUAUUUCAGUUUGCUUGUACAAAGUAGAGGUUUGUUGUUGUAUAUCCUCUUUGAAUUUGAGAAUCGCUUUAUCAAUCUCCAAUUGUAUUGUAUUUUGUAGAUCUCUAAUAAUGGAAAUAUUAUUUUCUUUCAGUCUUGAACUUAUUAAUUCGCUCAAGUUUUGUAGAAUCAAUUGAGGUUGGGAAGCAGUUGUUACCGGUGAAGUAUUCUGGGUGUAAAUAGUGUUGCCGAGUAAGCUGCAUUCUGUAGAGUCUGAAGUUUCAUUUAGGUUGGUAUUUUUUCUUCUAAUAGUUACAUUAUUUAUAUCCGGUGAUAUACUGUUAUAUUCUAUUCCUUCAUUUUCAUGCGAACACACUGGUUUGUUGCUAUUAUUUCCUUUAGGGAAUUUUAUUUUGCAAAGGCAAGCGGGGCAUUUCCAUUUCUUUUUACGGGCUGGCGACAUGAUAUUUAAGUAUCGCUGAAUAGAUACAACGGCGCAAUCGAGGUCAUAUGUUUUGUUACAUAGUGCGCAGGUGAGAUAUUCACGACUUGUGAUUUUUUGUCGACAAGCAGCACAUUGAGUCGCCAUCUCCUUAAGUAUUAUUUCUAAUCAGUUCCACUAAUAUUCAGGCACUGUACACAUUUAUUGCCUAUAAAUAGCACUUAGGUAACUUGAAGUCGUGAAAAAGUCUGUUUUUUGUUUGGACACUUGUUACAUUUUGCUGCAGAGUCCUUGGUUGAUUUAUUAAAAUGUAUAUUUUUAUUCACUUCUAGGACUAUUGAACUCAUAGAUAUAGUAUACAUUAGAUUGGUGAUGGCGUGAUUAGGAUGCGACUAAAAACGAAAUGUACCCGUGUGAGUGAAAUGUGUAUGUGUGCGAUAAUCAUAGUGCUGCGCCAUGUAUCCUCUUCAAUAAUCGAUACAAAACGCUGUGUCUGUGUCAUAAAAUGAAUAUCAUUAUGUUUGAGGGCAUAAAAAUAAAACAACAAACAAAAAGUUUGUGAUUUUUAUUUUCCACCAAAAAUAACUAAUAUAUUGUAAAAAUGUCGUAAGCUCUCCUUAAAGCCCUUCUCCCAUUACGAUACGCACAGGCGAAUCAAGUAUCCUGCAAGUCUUGGCGACUAGUCGCCGCCAAGUAUCUCACAUACAUUUGAAUGCAGGCUCGCACACUACGCUACUGGUAUCCUACGCGUCCGCGACUAGUAUCGCGCGACUCGCUGUGUUGGUCGCUUGUGCGUCGCGUCUCCUGUGCGUCUCGACAAGAUGGCGGCGGAGCAAGAAAUAAAUAUUAAGUUUGUACAAGAAGUUGAAAAACAUGCUUGUUUAUAUAACUACAAAUUACCAGAAUACAUGCGGAAAAAUACAAUAGAUAGGACUUGGGCAGAAAUUGGGAAUAAAUUUCAAAUAACAGGAUCAGAAGCUAAAGAAAAGUGGAAAAAUCUACGUAGUGUUUUUGUUCGCCAUUUGAAACCGCCUAAAAGUGGAGCAGGGACUGCGCAAAAAAAACCAUACUACUUAGCUGAUUUUAUGCAAUUUACUAUACCGUUCAUAAAAACAGCAGGAAAACCAUCAGGAAAUUUGAACGAGACAAUAGAAGAUAAUGACACAUUGCAACCACAGUCUCCUGAACUAUGCGAACAAACACAGUUCACAGAAAGUGUACCUACAAGCACUCAAUCGAUCUCGCAACAGCAUUCAUCUCUUCCUCCAACAAGCACUCAAUCAAUCUUGCGACACCAAUUACCACCAGCAACAAGCAAUAAAAGAAAACGGAAGAAGCUUGAAGAAACUCAAGCUGAGCAAGAUAUUGCAGCUUAUUUUAAAUUGAAACGAUCUAAAAUUAUAGAAAACUGUGACAGUACUGAAAAUUCAAACAAAAUGUUUUUACUGAGUUUACUGUCGGACGUGAAUAAAUUGAAUGAUAAUCAAAGAAGACUGUUUAAGAGGAGAGUGCUUGAAUUGAUAGACGAUAUUAUGGACCAAAGUAGUCCCAUCACACUUUUAUCUACUCCUUCACCGACUGACAGGGCAAUAAGUACGCCAAAUACCAUAAAUGAAAGUGUACAAUCAAAUACUGCCACACUAUAUUAUGAAUCAAUACCUAUGUUUUUAUCACAGGAAGAUGAAGAAUAAGUAAUAAUUUUUAUAAUUGAUUGAAAUAGCCUAUGUUUUAAUUUGAUGAUUGAUUGAUUCAUACUAAAAAUUUAAUAUACAUUUUUAAUUACAUAUGU